AUGAAGCUCGACGCCAAGGCUAUUCGUUACCUCACCUCUGAGGAUUUCCGUGUUCUUGCUGGGGUUGAAGCCGGAAGUCGUAACCAUGAGGUCGUUCCAACGCCGCUGAUUUCGCAGCUUUCGGGUCUCCGGGGCGGCAGCGGAGUUAAUCGCGCAAUUUCCAACCUAGCAAAGAUCAAUUUGAUUGCGAAGGUGAAGAACGCAAAGUAUGACGGCUAUCGACUCGCAUACGGAGGAUUGGAUUAUCUUGCGCUGAACGCGCACCAGAAGUCAAAGGUCAUCUACUCAGUCGGCAACCAGAUUGGCGUGGGCAAGGAAUCAGAUAUUAUCGUGGUGGCAGACAGCACCGGAUCGCAGCGCAUUAUGAAGAUUCACCGUCUCGGCCGUAUCUCUUUCCGAACCGUCAAGACAAACCGCGACUACCUACGACACCGCAGCGCAGCUUCCUGGAUGUAUAUGUCACGAUUGGCAGCUAUGAAAGAGUUUGCUUUCAUGAAAGCACUGCGCGAGAACGGGUUCGCCGUCCCCGAGCCCAUUUCCCAGAACCGACACACCAUCGUCAUGGAGCUGAUUGAUGCCUUCCCUCUGCGUCAGAUCGCCAAGGUCGCUGAUCCGGCUAAGCUGUACUCGGAGCUUAUGAACAUGAUCCUGGAACUUGCGCGAUUUGGUCUCAUCCACGGUGAUUUCAACGAGUUCAACAUCCUUAUCAAGGAACUGCCGAAUCCUGAUGCGAAGGGUAAAGCUCCGGCUACCGAGGAAGAGGCGGAUGAGAAUCUGACACUGGUACCGGUUCUCAUUGAUUUCCCGCAGAUGGUAUCCGUUGACCACGUCAAUGCUGAGAUGUACUUCGACCGCGAUGUUGAAUGUAUUAAGCGGUACUUCAAGCGCAAGUUCAAGUUCGUGAGCGAUUCGAAGGGUCCCACUUUCUCCGAAGCCAGGAAGAAGCUUUUGAAGAACCCUGGCAAGCGUUUGGAUAUUGAGGUCGAAGCCUCAGGAUUCUCGCGCAAGAUGGCCAAGGAACUUGAGCUGUACAUGAAAGAGGUGGGAGCUACUGGAGAUGGCGAGGGCUCUAAGGACAGCGACAACGAAGAAGAGGGUGAUUCGGAAUAUGACGAAGAAUCUGGAUCCGAGGAAGACGAACACAAUGACAGCGCCGAGGAGAACAAGAAUUCCGAGGAUGUCGAUGACAGCACGCAACGACUAGAAGAACUUCGAGUCUCGGAAUCAUCGGCGCAGUAA